CUGGAGACCUAAAGACUUCCUGCUGCUCCUGCGCCUUCUCUUCGACUCCUACGUCGGGCUCUUAAUAGCACUUCUACUGGUGGUGGGGCUCUUUGACUCUCUCAUUGGAUUACCUUCAGUGGCAGGGUGACCGGAUCGCCGCCGGAAUGCAGCUGAUGCCAGUCGCCCUAAUUUACCUGGGCUCCUUCGCCUUCCUGGGGGCAGACUCUGCGCGGCUCGAUUUGGCUUCGGAGUUCAGAAAAAAAUGGAACAAAUGGGCUCUGAGCCGGGGAAAGAGGGAAUUGCGGGUGCCGAGCAAUCCCCUCGCUAGCCUAGCCGAAGUGAAGGCUGGUCCUAUCCAGACAUUUAUCCGGACCCAGGACGUGAAGGGCGCUUCCCGCAGUCCACAGCCCAGCAGCCCGGAGGCAGCCCGCAUACGCGUCAAGCGCUACCGCCAGAGCAUGAACAGUUUCCCGCACUUCCAGAGCCUGCGCAUCGGCUGCCGUUUUGGGACGUGCACUCUGCAGAACCUGGCGCACCAGAUCUACCAGCUCACGGACAAAGAUAAGGACGGCUCGGCGCCCCCCAACAAAAUCAGCCCCCAGGGCUACGGGCGCCGGCGUAGGCGCUCGCUUGCCAAGGACUCUCCUGGCCGGACAUUCCCCUUCUUUUCCUCCUCUUCCAUGUCAAGACGGCCACAGCGGCAGUAGCGGCAGCCGCGCCUCUGGUCGCUCAGCGAGCCAGCCUGCGUUGCGAGCCGAUUGCGCCCGGCGCCACUUCUAGGGGCCGUCUUCCUCUGGACGUAGGGGGGGCGGUAGCCGCGGCAAAACCACAGCACUGCACCCAAUGGGCGCCGGCCGGCCGGCCUCCGUACGUGUGGGGAAAGGGCCAGUCCUGCGGGAUGGAGAACUUGGGCGCAACAGAUGUAAGGUCUACAAGAGGAGCUCCUGCAGUCUCCCUCAUCCCUCUCCUUGGAGAGGAGUGCGUCCUCUCCAAGUGGGAACCGUCCGCGGUCACAUUUUGCUCCCACGCCCUUUGCUUCACCGAGACCCCAACCAGCAUCCAAGUUGUGGGGACCCAGGCCGGGCCCAGGGUCCCCUGAGGAAUCAUUCAGAGAAGGCCAGGGCUUGGGAGAAAGAUGCCCGGGAUUUGCGCCGUGUGAAGAACGGAAGAUCUAGGGAACUUGGACUUUCUGAAGGGGCCCAAACUGAGAGUCUGCCGGCUUCUUCUCCCCCCUGUCGGGCGGGAGUCUCGAACUACUAGAUCUUUUCAUAACAGAGGAAAAGUGCAAUGGUGGCUUUUUAAAAUGUGUUUUCAUAGAGAGGUAACUAUCUGAUAUUUAUCUUACCGUCAGGUUUUUGUUUUUUGUAAAUUCAGAGUUAUUUUUGUACGUUAUAUAUUGUAUAAGGGCAUUUUAAAGUAGUGUAUAUCUCCUCCCCUCGUGUUAAUUUUAAUAUGAGAAUGUCACAAAAUUGGUCUCAGCCUGGUCUAACCCUCUCACAGCCAUGUUGCGGGUGUGUGUGAAAUGAGUGAGUGUGUUGAGAAAGUGUGAGUGUGUGACAUUCCGUCCUGGUAGGAAAAGAAAAUUCCACGUCUCUGUAUACUAUAUUUUCUUAAAAGGGGUGGUGAUAUGGCGAAUCGCAGAACUAAUAAAGUUACAAUACUGA